AUGGACGGUCUAGUUGAAGUCGCUGAGGGAGAGCUAGAACGCAUGAGAGUUGUCAUGGAGGAGAUAAGACUUCAAGCAACCCAAAACCAACUAGCGAUAAAGACGAUAUGCAAGGAGACUGCAGAAAACCAAUCAAAAUUGGUGGAACUAAUCACUCGCAGUUGGGAUAAAAAUCUUCAUGCAGAUAUGAAUAUGGUUAGAUCAAUAAAGAACAACUAA